AUGGAACAAAACUUGUUGCCAUCAUUAUCUGAUGCCGCCAGCACUGGUAGGUUCCCUUUGCAUCUUGAUUCGUUUGAAGUUACCUGGAUUAAACCUUGCACUUUUUAAGAGCCCAUGACUGUAGAUAUCGAGAAUCGCUGGCCAGGCUAAAAAAAACGAAAAUUCUGAUAAUUUGUCAGAAAAACCCCUUUGGGAAACUAUCUUCGAAAAAAAUAUUUCAACUUUCAAGAAUCUAUAGUUUUCGAGAAAAUGAGGAAAAACGAAAAUAGCGGUUUUUACCUAAUUAAUUAUGCAAAAAUAAGAGUAAAAAUGACCUACUUUAUCGCGUCUGUACCGUGGCAAGAUUCAAAGCUAUAAAACAGAAAUAUUUUCGUUUAAAAGAAUUCUUUGUUUUCUUUCUAUCCAUGGUAUGUUUUAAACCAUAAACUUGAUUUUGAAUUUUUUACGGUUUUUUAAAAACUACCACCAAGCGCACUUUUUAAAAUGGCUAAAAAAUGAGCAACUUCAGAGGCAAAAAACUCACCUUGGUAUGUGUGAUACCUAGCCAAAAUGUAUACUAGGACAAUGUUCAGCUCUUAUAUUAACAGAAUAUGAAACAAAAAAUCUGGGUACUCCGGGUUCGCCUUUACAAAAUAAAAAGUUUCGUGACCACCAGUGGCAAAAUGUCACAAAUUUGCAUAAGUCAAAUUUGUAGAGAAAUGAUGCCGUCUGAUUUUUCUUUGUAGUUUCGGUACGUGGUAUAUUCGAAACGUAGUAGAAAGGAUGAAAGCGCCUUUAAAUGAAGCUAAAAUUAAGUAAAGGAUCUGAAAACUUGAUAUCCCUGAUAACAAAUUGCUGUGAAGGUUGGUGACACAAUAGACCUAUUCGGCUAACUCAAUGUUGUACCCAAUUCAAAUCUCCCGGGGAUAAGAUUCUUUGUGUAUUGUAUUUGCAUUAUAAUGUGGCAUUCACAUUUAAAUGAUGUGGAAAUUCCUGAAACAAAACGUUUUAUUCCCAAAGGGUUUGAAUUGGGUACAACAUUGAGUUAGCCGAAUAGCUCUAUGUGGCAAAUUUGCAUAAAAAGGCAUCUGCAUAUUCCUAUCGUACACAAGGACAGGUUUGAAUACUGUUAGCAUCACGCAAUAUUUGAGGCUUAAGAAUAGCAUAACCAAGAGAAUAGCUAAUGUUAAAUGUUUUAUAAUUUGUAUGUUAGCUCUUCUUAAUUGUACAUUAUAAAAUUAAGGUUGCUCAGCAAUUGUUGUUGGGUGUUGGAGUACUGUAAGUAUUCUGCAAUUGCGUGACCGUUGUCAAACUCAGCAAAGUCAGACUUUAUUUUUACCGGUACGAUAAAAAAAAUGUGAGCUUAUGAAGUAAGUAAAGAAAUAUUAUUCAUUUCAGAUUACUUAACCUUACUUUAUUCACCUGAAUGAAUUUCGCGGUCAUACAUCUUUCUUGGAGUGGUCACAUGCUUUUAUGGUACCGAUAGUUCAUUCGUCGAGGCAUUUAAGGGAUUUGCCAUUAAUAACACUAUACAUCAGACCCUAUAAGUUUUCUAUCGAUAAAAAUCCGAAAUAGUUAAUUUUCUCAGUAGUUUUUCAAAGUUAUAUUUUGGUGAAAUUGCCACUUCUCGCGUAUUAAAAAUAACGUAAGUAAAGACUAGAUUAAAGUAAUCAUUGCCCCCUUUUCUCUCUUUUCUGAAAUUCUUCCACCUCCUCUUUCUGCCUCUUCACUGUUCGUGCGUUCAACACUAUCAAGUCCAGACACGAUUUCGACCCGUAAUUGUGCCAUUGAUUGGUUGAAACCUUCAUUGAACGGACCCUGACGGAUCCUUGCAAUUGUCCUCUCAAUAGAAAAAGUACAUCAGAUGGAGGGAGUCCUGCCGACACUGUGGUCGUUUUUUUUUUUUUGAACCAUGAAUAUCCUUCAUGAACCCAUUUAGCUUUCCAUUUAUUCACCAAGGUUUUAAACUGAUCAAAAUCAACAAGGAUGGGUUUUUCCACUGGUGCCUCAUUAGCAAAUUUUCACCUAUCUUUAUGUAUCUUGAGAGAGUUACACACCAAAAAAGCCACAUUUGGGGUAAAAAAUCUACUUCCAAUUUUUCUAUUCACCUUCUAUUCUCUACAGAUUAAUUAAAUGUCCCUUUCCUGAAAAGUUAGCGGCCAAAAUUCCUUGCAAAACAAAGACAGUGCCGGGAAGACGAUCAAGUGCCGGAACAACAGAAGAAGAAAGGCAAAGCAAAACAGCAAAUAUGCUGAUUUGUGCUCUUCUUGAAAAGAACUGUCACAGGGAGCCCAUUACCCCCGUCUCACACAUUGACAAUCUGUAACCAGCUGUUGUCAUGUUUCGUUCCUGCGGAUAUAUAAUAUUAGAUACCGUCCAAACUUAAGGACACUGUAAUUAGAGGGUCUGGUGCUAAGAAGGAAAUAUCUAAAUAUUGGAUUGUUUUUUGCCUGGUAUCACAAAUGGCUAGAGCUAAAAUUUCCAUGGUCAAAAUUCCAAACCAACGAAAAAAUGUUUUUUCCGUAAUUUUUUUUGGUAACGGCACAUGUUAUUCAGCAAUUAAAUAGCCCCAGCCCCUCGCAUAUGCCAUAGCUAAACAUCAAUUUAAGAGCAGUUUUAUCUCAUAACUUUUCUUUCCCUUUGUCUGAAGUUCUUUCCUUCUUUCCUUCGGGAAACGGUUAGGCGUAAAUAAAACCGCCGAUGCCACUUACUCACCUGGCUAUGUUAUUUAGCUCCUUAGUCGCUAUCAACUACCCUGACAGCGGAGGUCCUUCGAUCUUACUAUAAAUAAGUCGGGAAGAGGAAGAGAAGGGUAACUAUCAACUAAACAGUGAUUCGAUCGGACGUUCCGGUGUGAAGGCUCGAGCUGGGACAUUGCGGGUACUGACGUUGAUACUCCUGAGCAAAAGGCAGGUAUUUCUUUAAACAAAGCUCUGGUCUGCGGUAAAUGGUACUUACGUCGAUAUAAGUUCGUUGUCGCAAACUGCGAUAGGCCAGGGGCGUCAAGGAUGACCUUUCUGAUACUUCUCUUUUCAAGAUGAUGCUACGUUUUGCAAGCACUCGACAUGGGUGGGAGUUGGUUAGAGUAGCUCAAAAGCGGUGAACAAGGAGUCUUAUCUUCCAUGGACAAAUCCUAGUUGCAUCGUCGUGAAAGGUGAUUUACUCUGUUUGAGUACAGUUGAAACUCCUUGUGCGACCACCUAUCCAAUGCACCAAAACCCACCCAGUUAAGUCUCCCAGCUGGAAUCUCUCCUUGACCCGCGACCACUAAUUGAGGCUGAGUGUAUAAUGAUUUUGCAUUGUUUUUAACCUCUUGUAAGCGACCACCUGACGAGUUUUCUGAUCUCUUGUGGUAGGAACAACAACAACAUGGAACUGCACAUAUCGCAACUUAAAAAUUGCAGGCAAUGAAUUAUCUUCCUUAAAGUAGAUGUGUCCAGUUUUCUUCUCAAAGAAACCUCCUGUGGUUCGAUUCUCGUAAGAGAUCACCUCCCGUUAGCGACCACUCCACUACGUCUGCGCAUUUUGGGUGGUCUCUUUCGAGAGGUUCGACUGCGUGUAGUUCCCUUUUCCAGUUCUUCGGGGGCGUCGGUUGGAACUUGUUUUGGUUCAUGGGUUUCGCGUAUAGAUUUACACACUACGGCACUGCUACAUUAUAUUUUGAAAUCAACAAAUAUCAUUUUGUAUUUGAAGGAAAGCGCCCCUUGGCAGGUGGUAUAACUCCGCGAUGACCUAAAAGAGGCAGUUUUUGCGGGAAAAAUGUUUCGGAUUCGUUUCGGAGGAGAGAAACCGCUGGACCGUAUGAACUACGAUCACUUAGCUGUUUCCUAGGGCCUUGGUAGCUACCUAAUAUACUUCUAUUUGUCAAAAGUAAAGAAAUUAACCAAGGGACGGUUUGUUGUUUGUAAUACGUAGUAAAAAAAAUCAGAUUUCAACAUCUCUGACAAGAAAAUGCUAACUUUUAGUGCGUGACUGACAGGCAUGCAAAGUUAGUAUCCCUUAUUUAAUUCUGAAAAGAAAAUAAACUACUGAGAAACAAAUGAUGUUGCGAACAACACAUUGUCUGUUCAAAACAAAGUCUCCAUAAAAUUUCAUAAGGAGAAAAAAAAAAUCAGGAAAAGAAGGCGGAGCUGCUCGAGACGUCGUUGCGUGACAUUGUUACUCUAACUGUUAGUUUAUGACUUCCUCUCACGCGGUGUAGCCCGUUAGCAAAAAACCUCCUUCACAAUAAAAUUUAACGGAAAAUGUACCUACCUAUUCUAGAUAUACCGGAGGCGAAUUUACGAUGAUACAGAUGGACGCUAAUUCAAGGAAGUUAGGAAAAGAAACGAGAGACAUGGGAUAUAGUUUACAUAAUAAUUCGGCUCUUUUAUAUAACGCUUCUUCGAGGUCGAUUUUUAUUAUUAUUUUUUUGUGGACGGUUAAUUACUCUGAUAUUUUAACACAAACUUUAUCAAACAACGUUUUCUUGCUUCGUUGUGUUUCCGAACAUAACAUACUGACCCUGGAUUGAAACAAAACCGGCUGCCGCAACAUUUCUCUACAAAUUUGACUUAUGCAAAUUUGUGACAUUUUGCCACUGGUGGUCACGAAACUUUUUAUUUUGUAAAGGCGAAUCCGGAGUACCCAGAUUUUUUGUUUCAUAUUCUGUUAAUAUAAGAGCUGAACUUCGUCCUAGUAUACAUUUUGGCUAGGUAUCACACAUACCAAGGUGAGUUUUUUGCCUCUGAAGUUGCUCAUUUUUUAGCCAUUUUAAAAAGUGCCAUUGAUGGUAGUUUUUAAAAACCCAUAAAAAAUUCAAAAUCAAGUUUAUGGUUUUAAACAUACCAUGGAUAGAAAGAAAAGAAAGAAUUCUUUUAAACGAAAAUAUUUCUGUUUUAUAGCUUUGAAUCUUGCCACUGUACAGACGCGAUAAAGUAGGUCAUUUUCACUCUUAUUUUUGCAUAAUUAAUUAGGUAAAAACCGCGAUUUUCGUUUUUCCUCAUUUUCUCGAAAACUAUAGAUUCUUGAAAGUUGGAAAUAUUUUUUUCGAAGAUAGUUUCCCAAAGGAGUUUUUCUGACAAAUUAUCAGAAUUUUCGAUUUUUUUAGCCUGGCCAGCGAUUCUCGAUAUUUACAGUCAUGGGCUCUUAAAUUCUUUUAAUACUUGAAAUUUGAGGGCAACCUUGAAGUUAUUUUCACACAAAGAAUCGCUGGCUCAGUGUCUGUUAGCGUUCAAUUGAGUUGCCAUUACUUGGAAUUUCGUGUAGAGACUCGAAAUUUAGAGUGAUGUUUCUUGACUUAAAGUUCUACUCAAGCAGGAAUAAAAGGUUUUCCUCGGGUAAAAGGAACCGCAAUAAAUAACGUGUAUAAGUGACAAGACAAGACGAUAAUUUACUUGGGGUCGUAUACCACCUGGUACAUCGACUGUUUUCCAAAUGAUUUAAUAUUACAAUAUUCUGUGUGAUAUCAUUUGUAAGACUCAUUGAAUUACACAGGUAUCUCGUUACACGCGGAUCUCCGAGCAGCCAAUGGCCGUUUUUAUACUAAGGAUGCAUUAUCCGUCUGGACGAACUUGGGCAAACAUUUUGUAGUUCGUCUGGGUUAUGCGUCUCUAGUAUAAAGACGGGCACGAGACGCAUUAUGCGUCCAAACGAACUACCUUUCGUAGUGCGUCGUUCAAGACGUAUUUCGAAGGAAAGUUCGUCCAGAAGCAUAAUGCGUCUUGUGCCCGUCUUUAUACUAGAGACGCAUAAUCAGACGAACUACAAAUGUUUGCCCAAGUUCGUGCGGUCGGAUAAUGCGUCCUUAGUAUAAAAACGGCCAUAGACGCAUUAUGCGUCUGGACGGAUAAUGCGUCCUCUAGUAUAAAAACGGCCAAUCAGUGCCGCCGUGUUCAUGUGACCAUUGAGCUGCCUUGGAGUGCUGACAAAGCUGUUCAGCAACUGGGAAGAUCACACCGGUCAAACCAGACAAGGUACAUGCACUGCCCAAACACAAACGUUCCUAUCCCUUUGAUAUAAGCUAUUUCCUAAAGAAGAAGGAAAUGGUUGCGCGCUGCACGUUUACCAUUUUUUAAUUGUACCUCCGCUUGAUUAGCCUUGUUGGAAGGGUAGCGUUCUGCCAAGCAGGUUUAAACCCGCCGUUUAAACCCAACACCAACCAGGGUCUUCAAAAAACUGAUCAUAUCAUGCUGCCUGUUAUCUAAGAUCUUGUCUCAUUCCAGAUGAUCUGAUAGUCACGUCAGUGGGCGGUGAUGUUAAUCCAUUGGCCUUGUCUUAUUCAUCCUUUCUUAACAAUUCGAAGGGGACGUAAAAAGAACCCACACUGCUGUUGGAGAAGAGAGUGAGAGGUAGACCUCUGUGGUGUGGUUUAUCUCUCACGUGGAAGGGAACUGUCACGGGGCACAAUACUUGGCUUCACGCUUUUGCGUUUACCCUGCCAAGAAUUGGACAGUCUAGUAAAACAAAAAAUAAAAUUCCUUGUGAUUAAAAAUCUGAAGGCUUUCCUGGAAUAUCACUACUUCCAUAAUAUCCUGUGUACAGCCGCCUUCUCCCCUUGGGAAAAAUCGGCAAAAGGGAGGGGGCGGCUUUACACAGGCUACUCCCAUGAUCACUUUUCUUUCGCCAAAAUCCCCUUUGUACCAUGGGAGUCAGAGGAGGGAGAUAUCAUGUGAUAAUGUUCACCGUCUAAUUGGCGCGCUCGGGGGCUCCGCUUUUCUCCAGAGUUUUACUGGCUCUAAUGUUUUCUUUGUUUUGUUUUGUUUUUUUAGUGGACCUAUCUAUAAACUUGUAACAACAAACUUGGGCGGUGAAAGAAGAUUUGCUGCGGCUGUGGCUCGACGGCUUCAGUCGUUAGGUAAUGUUUAAAUGUUUGUCAAACUCGGAAAAUCGUGAACAUCUGACGUAUUUGUGAAUUAUUCUCACUCAGUUGCAAGGAAAAAGCUAAUCAGACAUAAAAACAAAGAAGCUGCAAGUAUCAGCGGUAAUUAGUUUGAGAAAGAUGAUUUUUAAGUUUGACACAGGCGGCUCGAAAUGAAAAAAUCCGAGUACACCCAUCCAACAGGAGUUAAAACUUUGAUCAUCUGUCUACUAGCCCGGCCAGAUGCUCUACCACUAAGCUACAGGGGUCACGUGGGAGCUAAGGUCCCUAAACUAGGUCCAUGUGGCAAACAUCCUGCAUACUUCUAGCACUAAAAUGUCGAUAUGUACUGAUGUAAUAUGAUAAGAGAUGUGAUGGCAGGGUGCAAAGAAAAUCAUUUUUAUAGCUUGCCAUUCGGGCAAGCUGAAGCUAGCAUUUACUAGCCCAGACAUCAUUUUAACUAGCCCUAAAAGCUUUUUGACCAGCAGAAUUGAUUUCACAGUUCUUCCUUUAUCCGAAUUGCUCAAAAAACAUCACUUGCUUAUCGGGCAAGUUAAAAAGAGAAUUCACCAGCCUGAUAACAAAAUCCACUUGCCCCGAGCUAUCGGACACUACUUUCUUUGCACUCUGGAUGGUGAAUUUUGAGCCUGGUGAAUACAUGAGAAAUAUGAUUUUUCAGUCAGUGACACAGGCGGCUUGGAAGAAAAACAUCCGAUUACUCCCAGUAGGCGGUCAAACUUAUAACAUUCUGGUUACUAGUCCAGAUGCUCUACCACUGAGCCACAGGAGAAGUUUUGGAGCUAAGUUCAUGUGCAAACAUCCUGUAUGUAAUACUGCUAGAUUGUCUAGAACUAGUCCUAGCAGAAUACAGUCGAAGCUCUCCAUGCGACCACUCUCGUGGUCUAGUUACGACCACCUUUGUGAAACGUCGUUUGGACAGUGACUUAAACAAUUUAGUGAAAAAGCUCUUGUAAGCGACCACUCCAGUAAGCGGCCGUGAACGCUUUUGGGAUUACCCAAGUGGACGGGGUUGUCGCUUACGAGAGCUUCGACUGUAUCUAGAACGUUCUUAUCCUAGCAGUAUGCUGGAUGUUUGUCACGUGAACCUAGUUUAGUGGCCUUAAUCAUUUGUAGCUCAGUGGUAGAGCAUCUGGACUGGUAGCCAGAAAGUCAUAGGUUUUCUUUUGUUUUCCCAGCCAAAAGCAUCAAUCCAUUCAACUAAACAGCCAUGACAGAGCCCCUUUAAGUUUUUGUUUUGUUUACCUGCAGGUGCACUUACCAAAGGUGACAGACGAGUAGCGACUGGGGCUGACUUAACGCAGUUUAAUUUUGACACGCCUUACGGCCGAUCUGCACUCAGGAACAUGUACCAAGCCAUUACUUUGGUAUGUCAGAUAGCCUGUUUCGGGAUAAAAGAUAAUAGCGUAGUAACUAGCUAAAUUGUUUUUUAUUCUCGAUAUUUUUGACCAACUAGUUGGAUUUUACUAAAACAAUUAUUCCUCUCGCCCUCAUGGCCUCUUAGUCAAUAGCCCAUUCGGCCUUCGGCCUCAUGGGCUAUUGACUCAGAGCCCAUUCGGGCUCGAGGAAUAAUUGCUAAAAAUCCCACGUUAAAGCGCCCCUCGGUUUUAAACCCUCUCCCGGAUCUAAGUCCAUCUCUUUGCUAACGAAGAUAUUACAUAUUCCGGAUACAAGUCCCCCGGAUAUAAUCCCCCCCGCCCCUAUUUAUAAGCCUACCCAAAACCCCUCAAGACGUUAUAUAAGCCCAGGGGCCCGUUUCUCGAAAGUCCCGAUAAUUAACGGGCCCGGUAAGCCGUCUCCGUUUAUAUUAAAGAUCGAGGUUUCAAAAGUUUUGCAUGUAGCAUGAUAAAACUAUCAGUUCGUGAGACGAAAUGGGGUAGUUUGCCAGCCAGGACCGGCGCUCUUCUUCUUUAUAUUUCGAUUUGAAUAUUUGAUUUUGGGCCCGAAAAGUUACCGGGACUUUCGAGAAACGGGCCCCAGGGUUUUAACGUGAGAUUUUACGGUAUCGGUAUGUCAGAAGUGGUCACGAAUUAGAACCAUGUGUGCUUGUUGCUUGUGUCAUCUACGACCGAGCGUUUUUUAUUUGAACUUGGGACUUAUUUUGCCUUUUUUUUUCAGCAAUCCAUUUGUCUCGGAGUUGCUUUGUCUAAGGUUCUGUUAGCAGCACAAAUUCCCGACAAGCAUGAAUUCACAGAGUUUAACUCCAUCGCAAGGGUGAGUUUUACUUCGUUGGUCGCGAACGUGGUUAAAAUUCUUGUUUAAUUUCUCUCCUUAAAAGUGGAUUUGGAAACAAAAUUGAUGAUGUCAGAGACAAUUUUAUAUGGCAGUUAGGCAGCGAUGUUGCUUCAUAAAAAUUUUGGGCAACACGUGGGAAUGGAUAAAGGAAAAACGUCAUUUUGUAAUAACAUAUAAUGCGAUCAGUAAAAAAUGACUUGAUAGGAAAAAUUAGAGAGACCUUGAAUAGUGGAAACAGGAGAUACAGUAGUAGCCUGUUUAUAAUAAUACUAAGCAUUUGGAAAAAUGUAAGCUCCUUGUUUGUCUUGUCCCAUCGCGUUUCUUGCUCCUCAGCAUGGCGUAUUUGUACCACGUGACUAAAGCACUACAAAGCGCCCAUUUCGUUCGGUAGUCUAGCCCGCGCCAUAGACGAAACUAAAGUCUGGUUAAGUCUGUCUACGAAAAAGCGCCGAAAUCCUUGUUCUGGGCCCCAGUUGUGUACCAGGAUUUGAGUAUGCGCCAUGAUUGGCCUUUUAAAAAUGCCAUUGUCCAUUUGCCAAUCAGGUUGAAAAGAAACUGGAAACGCACUUCUGGCAAAACGCUUAUUCCGUUGUGGGCCCAGAACAAGGAUCUCGGCGCUGUUUCGCAGACAUUACCUGGAAUUGCCUCUCAAAAAUAUGAAAAAAUCAAAUCGGCAAGUUUAAAUUUACGCAACUCAGCAUAAAAGCGACUCUAGCAUAGGAGGAUUUGAAGAUUUUAGUCCAGCAUAGGGUAGAAAACUUCAGCUGCACUAGCUUUAGUAUAGGCUAAGGGUUACAGGGUCCUGGCGGCACAUCCCCGCCCAAAAAAUCCUGAAAAAGUACCCCCCGGGGGAGGGGGUUAGAUUACAUAUGCGACGUAGGCUAUUGGUAGUCCAGUUUCACAUUAGUGGUUACUUAUGAAGAAAGUCUUUCUCAAAGAUGGUCCAUUACAUUUACCGAGGUGUCCAAAUGACUGAAUUACUCUCAAGUUUAACAAAGCCCUGUUUUCUUUGGUUUCACAGCAAUGUCUUCUGUCCAUGGGAGUAACAGACGCCAGUUUCGUGGUGAAAGACAAAGACGCCAGCGAUGUGGGAAAAUUUCUCAACCGUAUUUUGGGUCUUAGUGUGGAAAGACAAAAUUUGGUAAGUACAAAGAUCCUUCCUGUUUGGUAGCAAUGAAACGUACGUUUGAGGGGAAGUUGUGGGACUACCCUUGUUUCCUAACUUUUUCUGCUAUUUGAACCGCUGUCGUGAAUUUUAUCUGUCGAUUUCUCAGUCUUCUUUUAUCAGUCGAUUUCCCACUCUUCUUUUAUCGAUCGAUUUCUAUAUCAGUCUUCUUUUAUCGUUCGAUUUCCCACUCUUCUUUUAUCGAUCGAUUUCUCAGUCUUCUUUUAUCGCUCGAUUUCCCACUCUUCUUUUAUCGAUCGAUUUCUCAGUCUUCUUGUAUCGAUCGAUUUCUCAGUCUUCUUUUAUCGAUCGAUUUCUCAGUCUUCUUUUAUCGAUCGAUUUCUCAGUCUUCUUUUAUCGAUCGAUUUCUCAGUCUUCUUGUAUCGAUCGAUUUCUCAGUCUUCUUGUAUCGAUCGAUUUCUCAGUCUUCUUGUAUCGAUCGAUUUCUCAGUCUUCUUUUAUCGAUCGAUUUCUCAGUCUUCUUGUAUCGAUCGAUUUCUCAGUCUUCUUGUAUCGAUCGAUUUCUCAGUCUUCUUUUAUUGAUCGAUUUCUCAGUCUUCUUUUAUCGAUCGAUUUCUCAGUCUUCUUGUAUCGAUCGAUUUCUCCGUCUUCUUGUACCGAUCGAUUUCUCAGUCUUCUUGUAUCGAUCGAUUUCUCAGUCUUCUUGUAUCUUUGUCAGAACUAGCCGGCCAAACUGGUCAUAAUGAAAAUGAAAUGUUUACCAAAAACCCAUCACUGCCGCCCAUACAUUUUAGAGAUAAACAGAUCUGACCGGAUAGUCCUGAUUAAAAGUGGAAUUCUCCUGGCGGUUGUACUGGACUGGCCAGCCAGUUCUGACAAAUUGUAAGUGCCCUAAGACUUUCUGUUAUCGAGUUUCCUUUUUUGUUUCUGUUUUCUAUUUUCGUGGUGUUACUCAAUCAGUCGCGUUUUUAGCGCUCAUGGAAUUCGAAUUUUGAGCGAGUCUGAUAUCCAGAUUUUACCGCUCCUUCAGGGUAUAGGGAAGAGGAGAUGGCUGACACCACAAACUCGGCUCCGGUAUCUCAAAUAUAUAACUUUCUCCUCUACACCGGUAGCUCGCUAGUAUAGAACAAACGCUUCUGCCUUCCCAAGCUCACUAACCCAGUUUACACCCACUUUUCUGCUGCGCUACAUCUCACGUGACCACACCCCUUGUGCAAAGCACUUUGCGAUUUUUGCACAUAAGAAAUGUUUCAUUUUCCCCUGUUUUAUUUGUAGUUCCUCGCGAAGCGAGACGCGGAGCGCCGAGCCGCGAGGUUUAUAAUCUCGUCGUGUCGCGCGCGCUACAUCUCACGUGACCACACCCCUUGUGCAAAGCACUUUGCGAUUUUUGCUCAUAAGAAAUGUUUCAUUGUCCCCUGUUUUAUUUGUAGUUAUUCUCGUACUUUUGUGAGUGCCUAAAUGCUGCAAUUGAAACUGCAAAGCGCGAAGGAAGGUAAGUAUUGUUUUUGUUACUGACCAGUUAAUUUCUAAGAAACUAAGUUCUUCACCCCGAAGCGUCGAUCUCUCAUAUUAAGCUUAGGGUCAAUAAAGCUUGGUUCUUGCACCAUAAGAUUUGUGUCGCAUGCAUCCUCGAAAAAACAUUGGUCUCGCAUUCAUACCCUGGACACAAAUGAAUAAUAUUGCGUGAUAAUUCUUAGGUAUAGUGAAGGCGUGACAGACGUAUCUGGGUCUUCAAUCACGAUGGUCGGCGCUGCCCAGCCUGUUUUUAGCGACUUUCAAAGAGGCCUCAUGGAAACAAAGUAAGUAGUCUUAAUGAAGAUAUGACCCGUCCCAGUCGUGAACGCAAUUUAAGCAAUUGCAAAUUUAGCGCGAAGUUACCAUUAAGUCAAUUCUUAAGGUCAUUCUUCUGUAGUAGAACCUGCAGUGAGAUUUUUGUCAGACUUUGCCGAUUAGAUAUUGUUUGAAAUAAAAUCGCGGGGUCCCCAAUCCCCAUACUCGUUUUGGAGCGGGAGCAACUUGUAAGUGCGCAGUGAUUCCUUGAGAUACCAAGGGAGCUUCCGCAUCAACGACGGCGAUGGCAGCGAAAACGUCACUUUUAAAAUGAAUUUGAGUGUUUUUUUUUGGCGUGCUUAUUCCAGUUCAAUGACAAUGUCAAACUGUAGCGGGUGAAUUUCUUGGGGACCGCACUCAAGUUUAAAUAGAGAAGGAAAAAAAUUCUUCCUCGCUUGUUUACGUCCUCCAUAAACGUGAAAUUAGGCAUUUUCACAUCGUAGUUGUGUAGUGACGGCAACGAAAUGUAGAAAAAUGUGUGAUGCACGUGCGAAGUUGUUGUUUAGCUAAUAUAAACCUAAGCCCCGUGCAAACGGACGCAACUUAACAUUGUUGGCCAACAACUCCCAACAUUGUUGGAUGUUACAUGUUGCGUCCGUUUGCACAUCCUGUUGGAUGUUGUUGGAUGUUGUUGCGUGUUGUUGCGCAAAGUUUGAAACCGGUCAAACUUUUCAGCCAGCGACUCCCAACAUUUCUUUUCUUCCGUGAUCGCCGAAACGUGGCACAACAAUGUUGGAUCCGUUUGCACAACUCUUCCAACAUUGUUGGGGCCACGCACGCUCAUUACGCAUUCUUUACAAAGACUUAUGGGUUGUAUCCUUCCCACGAUGCACUGCAGGUCCCAACAUUGUUGGGAGUUGUUGCAUCCGUUUGCACACCACUGCCAACAUGCACGCAACAACUCCCAACAUUGUUGGCGCAACAAUGUUGGGAGUUGUUGCGUCCGUUUGCACGCAGCCCUAUGAUUUUUUACCUUUCUGGUUGCAGUCGCCGUCGUCAUUAGGGACCUUAAGAUCCGACGACGGCGACGGCAACGGGAACGCCACAAAAGCAAUAGGUUUAAUUAGCAAAACAACAAUUUUGCAGGUGCAUCACGCUUUUUUGUACAUUUCUUUGCCGUCACUGCACGACUACGACGUGAAAAUACCUAAUUUAACGUUGUACAGAGGAAGUACACAAGCGACGGCUAAAUUUCCUCUCUCUUUCUGUACUUGGCUAUGGUUCUUAGGAAUUCAACUUUAGGAUGGUUCGCCUACAUUUGAAGAUGAAGAUUGAAAGAACACAAAUUCACUUUUUCAGCGACGUUUUCUCUGCCGUCGCUGUCCUCGGAUCUUAAGGUCCCUAUUGCUAAAGCUCCCGACUAUGAUAAUAUUUAUGAGUACAUGUUUUGAACACGUUUCCGACGGUCGUCUCUCUUUCUACGGUAGAAAUUAGUCUUAAUUUAUUCAAGAAGAAGAACGUUACUGCUCAUUUUAAAAGAAGAGAAAAAGUAAAAGGUCACCAUUCUCGUUUACGAGAAAAUGAAGAUUUAACUCUCUGGGGAGCUCCACUCCAGUGUCAAGGCAAAAGCCGCCUUGUUUUAAGUGCGUGCGUCCUGUUAUGAUCUGUUGGCGCGGGCUUAUCAAGCGUGAAGUAAUGCGCAAUGCAUACGAAGGAAUAACCUGAAAUCCCUUCUCAGUUAUUUUCAUUUCUUUUUUCAGACACAUGACUGUAAACGUUGAUCGCGGAAUAGGCUGGGAUUCGGCAGUGAAGCAGUUACAAGACAAUGGAAAAAACAAGUUUGACGGGUUUUAUUGUUCCAAAAGGGAACAGAAAGGGAGACGGCUUUACCUUCUAGCGAUACAAAAGGAGUCGUCCACCCAUCUUUUUAACAUUACAAGGUAAAUGUAAGGGCGAAAAACUACUUUUCACCGAUGUGAACGCCCUAAAAGUUCAAAUUUUAGGUUGGUUGGUUGGUUGGUUUAAAUACCGUAAAUCCUCUAUACAGCCCUGCCCUCUCUCUUAAAUAAGCACCUUCCCCUCUAACGUUUCAUCUGGACUAAUCCGGUAUGCUUCAUUAACCAGAUUCAGAGACUUGAAGUUGUGAUUUCUUCUUGUAAACGAUAAAGUACAUGCGAUUAAGCCUCCCAGGAUCUAAGCUCCCGGCGCGUCCAAACGAAUUAAAAUGAAUUCGAUUUAUUAUGACAUUUUGAAGCUUGCUUAAAAACCAGUAAAUGCUAAAGGUUUCUUGUUCAGCACUGCUAUAGAAUGUUUCGAAGCGCCUUUUCUAUUUCGGUUAUUAGCCCCUCCUUUUAUUAGCUCUCUUAAAACCCCUUAAGAAAAUUUAUAAGCCCAGGGCUUAUAAGCGACAUAUUACGGUUGUGGAAUUUCUACCCAAAGAUAAUUUCCGCUUUUACUUCGUUUUGUUUUUGUGCAGACCAAACUCAGGACGGUCUCCUUUUGAAGAAGAAAAAACUGAUCUUCUGCACAAGUACAACAGGAUUUCAUUGGAAGAUGCAGGUAAGGGAGACGGGUCUAGUUAGGCUACCUUUUGUAUUUACCACCAGGAAGCCGUGUGAAAUCAGAAGUGCUGUCCUCGUGUUUUACUGUGAUUUGUUUGAAAUCUAGUGCACUGCACGGGUGCCAGCCCGUCCUAAUUUGUAAAACGUAGGCGAAUAUACCUGGAGCUAAAUUCUUACAAACUGUAGUUAUCUUCAAAAAGAGAAAUAAAAAUUCGUUGUCGUCUGGUCCUUCAUAAAACGUCGCUUUAGGGGUUUUCACGUCCUAGUCGUGCAGUGGACGUUAAAGAAAUGUACUAAAAAGUGUGGUGUACGUGCAGAGCUAUUGUUUUGUUCAUAAAAUGAAUUUUUGGAUGUUCUCGCUGCCGUCGUCGUUGUGGUUGCAGAGCUUUUGAAAUGAAUGCCAGUAAAUAAAAAAAAAUUAUUUUGCUGCAACUUCAUGUUUUGCUAAUCGUUUAACAGGUUACACAAAAAGU